AUGUCUCUGACACCAAAAUCGCUUGUUCUCACAUUUCUCGUUGUUCUCCUUCUGGUUUCUCUGGUUCUUCCUCUGAUGGAGACAACAACAACAAAUUCUCCUUCUUCUGAUCUUAUAGAGGUCCUCCACCACCAUGGCUUGCCAGGGGGCCUCUUCCCUCGGAAUGUGAAGUCAUUCAAUAUGGAUAAAAAAGGUCGCAUGGAGGUGCACAUGCAUCAUCCUUGUUGGGCUCAGUAUGAAACCACAGUUUUCUUUGACUCUGUGGUGAAGGCCAACCUCAGUUUUGGGCAGCUCAAGGUUUUGGAGGGAAUGUCAAGGGAAGAGCUGUUUGUGUGGCUUCCUGUGAAGGAUAUCAGGGUCACUGAUCCAUCUUCUGGGCUCAUUGUCAUUGAUAUUGGUCUUGCCUUGAAAUGCCUCUCUUUUUCUCGGUUUGAAGAUCCCCCAAUCUGCAAAUCUGAUGAUGGUAACUUCUAUUGGUUUCUCACUCACUCUAUAGUGGCAUGUAUCUCAUUCAUGAUAAUGUUUUUUUUUCCUGAAUUGAUUGAAGACCUUUUAAAUUAA